AUGGCGAAGCUCCACUUCUUCCUCCUCUUGCUGCUGGCCGCCGCCGAAGCUAUUCACGGCGAAGAUGGAUCACAUGCCGAUCGCGACAAGACACUGGUCACUACUCUGAGCGUGCACAGCACCGUCUCUCUCUGCCAGUUCUACCCGUUUGACUGGGCGUACAUAGGCGUCAACAUCGGCACGGCCAUGUCAUCGGUGCCGGCUGCCACGCAGAUCACCACGCUGCUCCGCUCGCAGAACAUCCGGCACAUCCGCCUCUACGACGCCGACCCGGGGAUGCUGUCGGCGCUCGCCAACACCGGCAUCCGCGUCAUCAUCUCCGUCCCCAACGAGCAGCUCCUCGCCAUCGGCAACUCCAACGCCACGGCGGCCAAGUGGGUGGCGCGCAACGUGGCGGCCCACUACCCGUCCGUGAACAUCACGGCCAUCGCGGUCGGCUCCGAGGUGCUCUCCACGCUCCCCAACGCCGCGCCGCUCAUCAUGCCUGCCAUGCGCUACCUCCAGAACGCGCUCGUGGCCGCGGCGCUCGACAAGUACAUCAAGAUCUCCACGCCGCACUCGUCCUCCAUCAUCCUCGACUCCUUCCCGCCGUCGCAGGCCUUCUUCAACCGCUCGCUGGACCCGGUGCUCGUGCCGAUGCUCAAGUUCCUGCAGUCCACCGGCGCCCCGCUCAUGCUCAACGUCUACCCGUACUACGACUACAUGCGCUCCAACGGCGUCAUCCCGCUGGACUACGCGCUGUUCCGGCCGCUGCCGCCCAACAAGGAGGCCGUGGACGCUAACACGCUGCUGCACUACACCAACGUCUUCGACGCCGUCGUGGACGCCGCCUACUUCGCCAUGGCGUACCUCAACGUCACCAACGUGCCGGUCAUGGUGACGGAGACCGGGUGGCCGCACAAGGGCGACGCGUCCGCCGAGCCGGACGCCAACAACGACAACGCCGACACGUACAACAGCAACCUCAUCCGGCACGUCAUGAACGUCACCGGCACGCCAAAGCACCCCGGGGUGGCCGUGCCGACGUUCAUCUACGAGCUGUACGACGAGGACACUCGCCCCGGCACCGCGUCCGAGAAGUACUGGGGCCUGUUCGACAUGAACGGCAUCCCGGCGUACGCGCUGCACCUGACUGGCUCCGGCGUGCUGCUGGCCAACGAUACGACGAACCAGACCUACUGCGUGGCGCGGGAGGGCGCGGACGAGAAGAUGUUGCAGGCCGCGCUCGACUGGGCGUGCGGCCCGGGGAAGGUGGACUGCUCCGUGCUGACGCAGGGGAAGCCGUGCUAUGACCCGGACACCGUGGAGGAUCACGCCACGUACGCGUUCAAUGCCUACUACCAUGGGAUGGGGAUGGGCUCCGGGACGUGCUACUUCUCCGGCGUCGCCGUGAUCACCACGACCGAUCCGAGCCAUGGAUCUUGUGUCUAUGGUGGGAAGAACGGCAGCGCGUUGCUGAACGGAACCUCGCUGGCGCCGUCGUCGAACUCCACCGCGGACUCCGGAUCCCGGCGGGCAGUCGGCGAUGUCACGUCGUUCGUCCGGAUCGUCGUCACCGCGCUGCUCUUGAGCGUCGUCGCUCUGUUGUAG